AUGGAUCCAAGUAUUUUUACAUCACUAAAAGGAGUCAAUACAAACGAAGAUUUAUCAGUAUUUACAAACACUCUUACAACAUCACGUGUUGGUUUAAAUUCUAGUCAAUCAAGGGUUAUAAAUUCAUUGCAUCAUUUAAAAUUAGAACAACAACAAUUAUUACAACAACAAAAAUUAGCAGGAUCAUCAAAUAUUAUAAUACCAUCAUCAUCAUCAUCAUUAUCACAAUCAUCACCAUCAUUUAAAACAAUGAUAUUAUCAACAUCACCAUCUUCAUCUUUAUCAUCAUCAUUAUCAUCAUCAAAAGAAAGAGCAAAUAUAAUAAGGAAUAUAAAUUUUUUAAAAAAUAGUGUUGAGAAUUUUUUUAUUAGUAAUAAAACCAUAUAUGAAGAAGGAUCAUCAUCAUUUAAUAUAAAUGAUUUUCCAGAGGAAAUUUUAAUUCAUAUUUUAAAAUGGGUAUCACCAUUUGAUCUUAGAAUUUGUAGUUUAGUUUCAAAUUAUUGGUCAAUAAUAUCAUCACAAAACCCAAUUUGGUAUGAAAAAUGUUAUAGUCAAUGGCAUUGGUGUUGUAAUAUUAAUCAAGAGAAAUUAAAUAGGUUAGGUGAUCAGGUUAGUUGGAAAGAAUUUUAUAAAUUUUGGGCAAAAGAAUAUUUAAAGUAUGCAGAAUGGUGGCAAGAAUCAUUCUCAAGAGAGGAUGCAAAUCAAGUUUUAUCAACUAUGGGUAAAGGUACCUUUUUAAUUAGAGCUAGUACCAGUAAAAAGAAUUGUUUAGUUAUUUCUUAUAAUGUACAUGCACAAACACCAAAUCAUAUGUUAUUAAGUUAUCUUGGAUUAUAUACAGGUGUUUCAUUAUAUGAUGAGAUUGGAAGAGUUUAUCCAACUUUAGCAUCGUUAAUACGUGGUAAAAAAUCUUGGUUAAAAAGACCAUUCCAAUCAUUCUCUUAUUUAAAUAAAUCAAAUCUAAAAUUAAAAUAUAUAAAUGAUAAAAUCAAUGAAAUUGUACAGCAACAACCACAAAAUCAACAAAAACAACAACAACAUGAACAACAGUUACAACAACAUUUACAACAACAACAACAAAGAUAUUCAUCAAAAGAAAUUGAUAGACUUUCAUUAUUACAUAUAGCUUGUAAAUGGAGUUUUAAAUCAAUAGUAAUUAAAUUAUUAACUAUGGGUGCAGAUGUUAAUCAUAAAUCAACUAAAUCAAAGAAAUUAAAUAGUAAUGGUACAAAAAAAGAUGGUAAACCACCAUUGUUUUUCGCUAUUGGAUUUGUACAUGGUCAACCACAAUCAAAUAACAGAUUAGAGAUUGUAAAAUUACUAUUGGAACAUCCAAAAUUGGAUAUAAAUCAAUUAGAUUCAAAAGGUCGUUCAAUUUGUCAUAUAGCAUGUAAACAACAUCAACAAGAUUCUUUGGAAAUACUUAAACUAUUAUUAAAAUAUGGUGCAAAUCCUCAUCUACAUGCUCCAAAUGGUUAUUAUCCAUUACAUUUAGCUACAAAAGAAAAUAAUUUAAAAAUAGUAAAACUAUUAUUAUCAAUUACAACUACAACAAUAUAUAAUUAUACAAAAACAAAUGAAUUAGAAGGAGAUAGUAAUAAUAAUAAUAAUAAUAAUAAUAAUAAUAAUAAUAAUAAUAAUAAUAAUAAUAAUAAUAAUAAUAAUAAUAAUAAUAAUAAUAAUAAUAAUAAUAAUGAAGAAUUUGAAAAAAUAAGGAUAAUUGAAAAUGAAAGAGAAAUAAUAGGAGAAGAAAAAGAAGAAAAUAUAUCACAUAUAAAAAUUAAUUAUAAAGUUGAUAUAAAUUGUAAAAUUGAAUCAACACCCAUAUCCAGAAUUAAUAAUGAUUAUGGUGCAACACCAUUACAUAUAGCGGCAUCAAAGAAUUUCAUACCAAUUAUAAAGUUAUUAUUGGAGCAUCCAAAUAUUGAUAUUGAUUUCAGAGAUAAUAGUAAUAAGACUGCCUUACAUCUCUGUGUUUCAAAUCCACAGGAUUGGGUUAAUAUAGCAAGAUUUGGUAAACCAUUACAACAUCAUUUUAGUCAUCAAACAAUUGAAUUAUUAAUUAAAAACAAUUCAAAUCUAAAUCUAUUGGAUGAUCAAGCAAAAACACCACUUCAUAUUGCAAUUGAAAAAGGUCAUAGAAAGAGUACCUAUAUCAUUGCAACUACACUACGUGAUUCUUAUUCAAAACUAUUCAUUCAAUCCAUUUAUUCAAAACAAUCUUUAUAUCAAAGUUUAAAAAAUGGUUCAGAAUCUAAAGAUAUUCAAAAAAUUGUUGCCGAUGUUAAUUAUUCUAUAAUGUGUGGUUACAAUGAAGAUUUCAUUGAACCACUUGAUAAAACAAUCAUUGAUCAUUAUAAUAAUAUUAGUGAUAUUUUAAAAAAAGAAUUUUUUCCAUUAUUAGAAAAUUAA